AUGCGGCUGGACGCUCCGCUGGCUUGCGCUACGUUUGGACCGAAGCUCAUGGCUUGUCCUGCGGCCUCGGCGCCUUGGAUGACGGCCAUGAAGCAGACGAAAAAUGACAGCAAGGUGUACUCUCUGCUAGCGAGAAGCCUCCCACCGUACCAGAAGAUUAAGCCCUGGCAGCCAAUGCUAGAACUCGCGGCGAAAGCGACAAUCAAGGAUGACCAUUUCGCCUUCCUGAAGGCGCCACUGACAAGGUUGUUCAAAAGCGACUCGUAG